AUGGAAGCUGUUUUACGAUGCGAAAACGAUGUUCAUGUCGACGCUUUGACCGUUGUUGAUUUCACAAUGCUGUGUGUCACAGGCUAUAUGUCUGAGGGAUGGACCAUUAGAAAAGUGAUGGAGAGGGGGUGAGGGGGGUGGGGCAAAAGUUUAAAAAAACAUUUUCCCCAGGAACACAAGAAUCCCGCCAGCUACGCAGGCUAGGUCCAACAUAACCCAUAUUAUUAUCGUGAGAGUAAAUACUCUCUUGAAUAUUAGUACUGGAUCUGAGGUAUCGAAAGGUAUUUUUUAUACAGGCAUUGAUAAACCAAAGCAGACUUUAUUAAACUUGGUUCUAAAACUCAAUCUGCCAAAUGACUGUAAUAGCGCUUUGCACCAGGGGUUGCACUAUUACUAAAACUAGGUUUCGUCACCUUAGAGCCCCCCGCGUGACUCUGACAAACUUUGCAUUCUACUCAAAGGCUUUGUAGGUCUUUGAAUUUGAAUGAGCAACAUGCUUUUGCGACGUGAAAAUUGUUUAUAUUAAAUAAAAUUCGCAAUGAGCGUUAUUAAAAUGUUUUUGAGCUUUAUUCUAAUAUAUAAAAGGCAUUACAGCUAUGGCGAGCAAAACUUGGUCCAAGGAACUCAAAUAAACGGUUAAAAUCAGGAAAUAAAGCGACCUGAUCAAGGGAGGCUACUGAAAUCAAAUCCCUAGCUCUGUCUCAGUCAGAUAGCACUCUAUGCACUGAAACAUGACCUAACAUUUCUGGCUGUGUAAUACUAUUAACUCCAAAACCGAGAUUGGUAAAGGGAAAAUCGAGUUUGUAUGUGCUUGUCGUAAGCCUGUGGCAGAAUUUUCUGAGCUGAAAAGUACAACAACAUUAGCACAAACGGGAAAUUGUAUGAGUUUGUUAUGAUCUGUUGUUGUGCGGUUUAUAUCAUAAGUACGUUAAUAAAAGCACUCGGAAAAAAAAAGAAGAGCAACCUUUGCCUAUAAGUUUAACCAAAUGCACUGUUUUAUGAACAGCUUUGAAGCCCUACUCUCCAUACAUUUCAAAUACAAAAAGCCUUAAUAAUUUACAAGACUUUAAAAGGACUAGGACACACAGUCAGCUGAUGCACAUGCGCAUUCUUGUUCCAGGAUAUUUAUCCUCUAAAUUUACUAAUAAACUCUUAUACUGGUCAGGUUCAAUGUCUGAGUCACGGGAGAGAGUAAGAAUUGGGGUGAGGCAAGAAUGGGGUAAGUUCAUUCAGCAUCUUUUAUUUAAUGAUUAUAUUUUUCUUGUAGAUUUUUGAAUAUUUAUAGGCACCAGGAGUCUGAUCGAUUAUCAUUUCAUCCAUUACUUUCAUUUUAUCAAUGACUCUCAUUUUUAUCAAAAUAAAUAUUAAAAUAAGCUAUUGCCCAGUGACAUGUGACAUCAACAAACUAUUAAAAAUAUAUACGACAUUGAAAGCUAUUGCUCAAUCACAUUAAAAAUAAAAUACUAAAAAAUGGUUUCGUAAUAACAAAAGGUGAAGAAUUCUUAAAGAAAGGACGAAAAAGCUCCUUGCCAAACACGGAUACACCAGCUCCAGGUUGUUUCAAGUGUAAAAAAACCAGAUGCGAUCUUUGUAAGAAUUUCUUUGUAAGCUCCAACACGUUCUCUAGAGCCCAAACUGGCAAAACCUACUUCUUACAACAACAGCUGUCCUGUAAUUCUACCAAUGUCGUUUAUUUAGUACACUGCAUAAAAUGUUGGCUCUACUGAAUUCAAAGUUAGAUUCAGGAACCACAAAUCAUCCAUGAAAACUAGCAAGAAAACUUGCGAAGUUGCUAUACACUUUAAUAAAACACCACAUAUUUUCUCUGACUUCACUUGCCAACGGAUAGACCAAAUCCCUACUAGCUCAAAUCAUAACACAGACAAUCUACUGAUGAUACUGGAGCGCGCAAUUAUUUUCUCUUGCUCCUUUUGGAUUAAAUAAACGACAACAAUUUCACUCAAAAAAUCGCAUUUACUAUGCAUAAAACUCUAUGGAUUUUUCCUGCUAGGUGGGGUUCUUGUAAAUGUCCUAUUAAACAGCUUUAAACAAUGUUUGAUCCUUUUACUGUGGUAGGUCUUUACUGUAUUCAUAGUUAUAGCCGGCUGCUGCCGGAGCGCUUAGGGGCCCUUUUCAGGAAUCCUGUUAUGUUUGUGAUGGUCUUGCUACUCAUAGGCCUUUGGUGGGGAUUUUAUUAUGUCUAGUUUAAAGGUUCCACUUCAGGAUUGUGUUUUAGUAUUUAGCUAUAUGAAUGUUCAGGGGCUAUGAAUUGGGAACCUAUUGCGCUUUGGCAGCUUUAUUAUAUCAUUGUAAUUUAAGAGCAACUCCAUGCAAAUAUCGACCAAAGUGCGGCAAGGCUCAAAAAAUAAAAAUCGCUCUUCUUUUGCAUACUGAUAGACUUUAGUAAGUGUACAAACGCCAUGUAGUUUUUUCUUCGAAAAAUCUGUUCGUUUCCGAGAAAAACAAGAAAAUCGUUUCAAGCCCCGCCGUCGAUUUCGCAAGCCGAAAACAGGGUUGAAAUUCACUAUGAUUCGCUCGACUUGCAUUUCAAAACAACCGCGCUAGAAAAAAAGCUUGUUGCUGAAAUUGUAAGUAUAACUCUUCGUUGACCAAAAUAUAUAAUAUUUUUCGCAUUACAACAGUCUGAGUAAUUAUAAAAAAGCUAAAGCGUAUGUCUACCUGUUGUUCAACCACGGAAGGUAGUUGAAAAAAACGCCGAUUUUCAUCAUGUGCCUUUGACCAGAAUUUUUCAGGAUUGAAGGGGAAAACACUAUAAGCAUCAAACUAUUAUGUUAUGUUAAAAUUAUUUUGGGGAAAUCAUUUUGAGCUUCUCAGAAAUUAUUUGAAAUUCCUGUUACAGACAACAUAAAAUAACGCCAUCCAACAUAUGAGUCACGCGACCACCACCAACAAUUUGACUUUAGGUUUCCGUUUACAACGCUGGUAGCCUUGAUAUGUAGAACAAUGUUUUUGAAAAGCUCACCUUAACCUGUAUCUGUUGUACUUCAAGCUGCAAGUUGUUUCAUUUUGCCGUCUUAUCACCUAUGUUACCGUAGUCGUAAAGUCCGCUGGAAUGUGUGCGUUCACACUGUAGCAUUGUGGAGGUGCGUGACAGCUUUCUGGUAAUUUCUUCAUCCUUCUGUUUUCUCUAAUGUUUUCAAGUUAACAUCUCAUACUUGUUAAAAAUUUUGAGAAACCUGGACCUUAAAAAGCCGUCUAUAAAAUAAAGCUCGGUAGUUUAACAAAGCAAAGUUCCUUGCUCGUGGAUCCGUUCACUUCAAUUAAACUCAUUUGCAUAGGAGUGUGCCAAAGGUCUACUUCCGGUGAAAUACACGUGACGAGCUUUACCGACUUUCACCCGUUACUUCCAGUACACUGAAGAAGAUCCAUCUUUUAUACUCCUCCUUCUUCAAAAGUCUCCAGUUGACAUUAUUUUACCCGAGAAUUGACGUUUUAGGCGUUUGAUUAACUUUAUCGAAUUAAAUUUAGUUUAAUUUGAUUCAACUGUUCACUCCCACUGGAAAAAGAAAAAGAUCUUUGCAUAAACACUGUUUGUGUGCGCUCUUCUUCGAUGAAGCUAUGGAAGGUUCGUGCUCCUUCGAGUCAUUAGUAGGUACUCUGUGUUCGUUUGAUAGAAGGGAUAAGCAGAGAUCAACUGAGAUUGUUCCUUUGUCGUUGUCAAACUAUUAAGGACGUAACCGGGCAUAGGUCGACAUGGUCUCUUUCUGGUAUUGAAAGCGAAACAGACUUUAUUUUAGCUCAGAACUGACCAGCCGGACCAUUCCCGUCACAAUGAUAAUUUCCCUUUUGAUCAAACUCUUUAGCUAGAUCAGUCAAAACCGAAAUAGUAUGCUCGAAAGAGAACGUUUUUCAACAAAAACUCUUGGAAAAAUCCUAUUUCAUUUUCAAACUGACCGGUCAGGCGAUGGUUUAGCCGGCCAGUUCUGACAGAUGGAAAGCGCCCUAAGUUCCUUUAAGAUAUGCCCUUUCCAUCUUUCUGAGCUCGGUAUUGGAUGGGGACGGAACAGUUAUUCCAAUUCGUGCCAAGUUCCAAAGGAAAUCGCCAAUCACGUAAUUGAAAGAACAGGGAAAUCUGUUAAAGCCGACAAAGGAGUUAGAGGAAGAAAAUUUCAGAAUAUAUCUAUCAGCAAACCGGUAUCCUCAUUCCUGUAGGUUCAGGUGCUCUUGGUUUAUAAUUUAUUGUAUUAUAUUCUAAUAAGUCACUUAGGUUCAAUCCGCGAAUACUAUAUAAAGUUUACCAUAGUUGUCAACUCUCUUAGAUAACCCAGAGUCUCCCGGGUACGGCACCAAUCCACCUAAUCUGUCGGAUAAAAUAAAACUUUCAGUCUUUCUUUUAGUUUGAAAUUAAACCCGAUUUCCCCUAGAGUAAAUAUUUUAUUUUUUGUAAAAGUUAAAGAUCAUAGUACUAGUCCAGUUUUGAUGGCAUUUGUUGUUGUCGUUGUUGUUUUUUGUUUUGUUUUUGUUUUACAUUUCCUUCAAACGACUGACUCGUACCUCAUUCAAGACAACGUGUGGGGGAUAUGCGUCGGAUAGAACUCAACGAUUCCACAUUCGAACAGCAAAACAAGUGGUCGAUGCAACUCUUGGAGAGAUUGCAACCUCGUUCCCAGGGUUCUCUCCUACCCGCUCUAUGGACGGACGGGUAGGAGAUUGCGCCAGAAGACGCUGAAAAACUCUGGGUAUCCUUAGUUCAAUCUCAAAUUGUAGCAGACCAAUGACGAAGCCAUUGACUUCAAGCUCAGUAGCAGAUGCGCUUGCAGAAUGUUACAAGAACGCAGGACACUGGGGAUCACGAAGAGAAAUCUCUUAGGGACGUACCAUUAGAAAAGUUAUUGGGGGGGGGGGUGGGAUUUUUGAGCCGCAGGAAUUUUUUUUUCGUUAUCAAUUUCCUUGUACGAAUUUUUUAGGCCGUAGCAUGAAUAUUUUUUAGGGUUAAUUGGCGUGCAUGAAUUUUUUUAUUUAAUUUUCCCUUGCGAUAAUAUUUUUCUGGCACUCCCCACCACCCCCAUAAGUUUUCUAAUGGUCCGUCCCUUAUGUCACUGAGACAAAAUGGAUUUCGAAAUCUUGCAAAACUGGCUUCCUGGUCUUACUCGGCACAGGUUAAAGAUCGCAAGGCACCAUCGGAUCCUUCAUGGCCGAGGUUCUGUUGUCUCCGCUGUUUCUUCCAGAAGAAUGUACUUUUUUUUGUUUUGGAAAUUGUCUUAUUUCAAAUGUACUAACAAAAAAAACGUAAAUAGUGUUUGUUUCAAUUCACGAAAAGUGACAUUUAGCACAGCAGAAAUUAUAUUAAUUUUGUCCUUUAUUAAGAAGGCUCUCUGAAAUAACGCACGUGCAGGCCAGGAUUACCCAAGUGCAGCCAACAACUGGAAGUUCUACCUGUGAAGUUGGGAAGAAAACAUGUACACAAUUUUUUGUUAAGACAUCUUUUGAUUUGAUAAUGCAAUGCCGACGUCUCGAAGCAAUGAAAAUCUUCAGCGAGGCUACCAAUUAAAUUCUUCAUUUUCAAAAAUUGUAUAUUACACGCAUGUUUUACGUUUGCUUCUCGCCUGCUUUUAGCGGAUCCUGACCCCGUGGCCCCGGGAUCUUGACAGCUGUAAUCCGAUAUCACUGUUGAAAGUAAUUUGCAUACUGAGUCACAAAACGUCCGUAGGGCGUUUUAUCCUUCAGAUUGGCGCUUCCUUCUGCGGUAUCCAGCAGCAUUUUGAGACAAAAGUUGUUGACAGAUAAGGAAGAGAGGGUUUACUACGUGUUGAAUUAGCAUAAGCGAACUUCGUUAUAAAGCAUGCGUGUUGGUUAUGAGUCUCAAACAGAGUUUAAUAUAGAAUGGCAAACUUGAACAGAUGGCAACGGGAAACAUUUUGCCGUAAACCUAGACCUGAAACAAAGAAUAGGGUAAGUACUUUAACAUUUAGAACUUUGUUUGUGAAUAUUAGCUAGACUUUUUAGGUCAGACGUUUGAUGACCUUUGCCUGGUCGACUGACGAUGGUCACGCAUAUGUUAAAUAUGGCGUUACGUUAUGUUGUCUGUAAAACGAUUUUCAAAUAAUUUCUGAGAAGCUCAAAGUGAUUUCCCUAAAAUAAUUUUUACAUAACAUAAACGUUAGAUGCCUGUAGUGUAUUUCCUUUCAAUCUGAAAAAAUUCUGAUCAAAGGCACAUGAUGAAAAUCGUCGCUGUUUUCAACGACCUUUCGUGGGUAAACAUCAGGUAGCCGUACGCUUUAGUUUUUUUAUUAUUACUCAGACGGUUUGUAAUGCUAAAAAUAUUAUAUAUUUUGAUCAACGACGAGUUAAACUUAAAAUUUUAGCAAUAAGUUUUCUUCCUAGCGCGGUUGUAUUGGAACGCGGUCCGUGCACACUUCGGCCAAUCUAAUUUUCCAUUUUCCCAACAAAAACGGAAAAAGGAAAUAUUACUUAUCCUUAUCAUAUUUACAUAUUUUAAAGUACAGAAAAAAAAAAAAAAAAAAGAAAAUGGUCAGAGAAAUUGAUCAUUUUUUCAUUUUUCUUAUUUUGAAGUCCGCUUUAAAAAUACAAAAAAUACUGUAAAAGGCUAAAAGAGAUAUUUUGCUAUUUUUUAUUUUCUUGAUAUUGUUAGAAAAUGACAAAAAUGAAAUAAUCUCCGAUUCUUAACUCAUUUUUCUAUUUUUCUGCUUUUCGCAAAAAAUAGAAAAACGGAAAAAUGAAAAAAUCAUAUUUAUUCGCACCAUUUUUUCAUUUUUUCCAUUUUGUUCAAAAAAUGAAAAAAUAGACAAAUAGCAUGCCUAUCGCCUAAUUUUCCAUAAUUCCAUUUUAACAAGAAAAAUGAAAAUAUGACAAGUGUUGCGAGCAAUUUUCUAUUUUUCCUUUUUUUUUGGAUAAAUAGAAAAACUUUAACGAUACACCCUUUCAGACAGUUUUUCAUUUUUUAUUUUAUUGAAAAAUGGCGCAGAAAAGUGAGAAGUUAUGAAUAUUUUAACGGUGAAGAAAGGAAAAACCUAAUUCGUAUCCACUAUCGACUCACUAAUUUGGUUGGUUUGGUUAUUUACACAGGGUCGGUGGAUAUGUGGGGGAAUUUGGGGGGGGGGGCGGCUUAGUUUUCGAGAUGCAGACGUAGUUCCAUUUACUUUUGAUCUCGAUUUCUCUGAAGGUUUGAGUUGUCGGGAGUCGACUGUGGAUGAAAGCGGCGGGAAAGCCGUACCGUAUCGGUUGUGGAAAUGAAGCAUAUGAGAAAGGGUACGAGGGAGGAGGAGAAGGCCUGAAAAUUGGUACGGGAAAAGGGGGGUAACUCAACGGUUUUCAUGCCAGCAACACUACGGUCCCAGCACAAAAAAAGCGGUUCGUCAGAGAGAUUAAGGGGGAAACAAGAAGGUCGUUGGACACAAAAUAAAGAAAGCACACCCAAGUGAAGAGGUCAGACGCUUUUAAAUGAAAUAGAUGCUGAAAAGUAGAAUGCUUAGCCUGCCGAAAUAACGGAUCUUGCCGCAGAACGGGUGUUUUAGGAUUGCAAGAGUAAAGUAUAUUGAAUUAUUAUUGUGUAGGAGAAACAUAAUGAGGCGCCUAGUAUACACUCGCUGAAAAGAACAUCUUAAUGCUCUGGCCCAUACAUUUGCUCAUACAUUUUUUUAAACGUUGGAUAGCGACGAUCCACCGGAUAAAUCACUAUCCAGCGGGCUGAUAAUUUUUUAUGUAUUUUAGGGAAACCAAUUGCGUUAAUCACUGGAUAGUUAUUUAUCCAGCGGAUAGCGUUAUCCACCUUUUAAGCAACUCAGCCCUGGAAAGAGGAGAGCAAAGACCAAGUAUGGGGUAACGUUCCACAGUUUAAAUGCAACAGGAACACUUUACGAUGACGCAGUGUUAGAACAGGUCACAGAGUGAGUCCUCAGUAAUGAGGUAGAAGAAUCAGCUAAUCAAAUCCAAAAGUGAAUGAAACUACGUUCGCAUUCCGAGAACUAAAGGGCCCCCACCCGCCCUCCCCAUCCCACGUCUCCGCCGACCCCGUGUAAAUCGUCUAACAAAACUAGUAAGUCUAAAGUGGAUUAGGUUUUUCUUGUCUUUUUUAGUAAAUGUUCAUGAUUUGCAAUUUUUCUUUGCUAUUUUUCAUUGAAACAAAAGAUGAAAAAUUGUCCGUUUUUUUGUUUGUUUGUUUGUUUUCUAUUUAUUGAAAAAAUGGAAAAAUUGUUCGCAACACUUGUCCUUUUUUUCAUUUUUCUUGUUAAAAUGGAAUUAUGGAAAAUUAGGCGAUAGGUAUGCCAUUUUUCUAUUUUUUCAUUUUUUGAACAAAAUGGAAAAAAUGGUGCGAAUAAAUAUGAUUUUUUCAUUUUUCUGUUUUUCUACUUUUUGGGAAAAACGGAAAAAUAGAAAAAUGAUCUAGGACUCGGAGAUUAUUUUAUUUUCCUCACUUGUCUAACAAUAUCAAGAAAAUAAAAAUAGCAAAAUAUCGCUUUUAGCCGUUAACAGUAUUUUUGUAUUUUUAAAUUUAACUUCCAAAUUAAAAAAAUGAAAAAAUGAUCGAUUUUACUGACCAUUUUCUUUUUUUCUCUUUUUUUCUGUACUUUGAAAUAUGGAAAUAUGAUAAGGAUAAGUAAUAUGUCCUUUUUCCGUUUUUGUUGGAAAAAUGAAGAAAUAGAUUGGCCGAAGUGUGCACGGACCGAACGCGAGUCCAGCGAAUCAUGAUGAAUUUCAACCCUGUUUUUGGCUUGCGAAAUCGAAGGUGGGGCUUGAAACGGUUUUCUUCGUUUUUCUCGGAAACGAAUAGAUCUUUCGAAGAAAAAAAUACAUAGCGUUUGUAUACUUACUAAAGUCUACCAGUCUGCAAAAGAAGAGCGAUUUUGAUUUUUUUGAGCCUUGCCACGAAUCGGCGAUUUUGGUCGAUUUUUGCAUGGAUUCGCUCUUAAACUUCUAUAUGUUACGUAACCUUCAUUCAAUAAUAUCUUUAGUUUUAUUUCUAUGCUGUGUAUUUUGUAUUUUAAUCCGCUACGUACCCUUUGUUCAUUAUUAUCCUUUGUUUUAUGUUCAAUUUGUUAUGUAACCUGUGUAUAUUUAUAGUGUUAAUUGUUGUGCUGAGUAUACAAGCCUUGUUUGAAGUAUUAUUAUUAUUAGUAACUGAUGGAGGUCUUCUGACCGAAACGUUUUAGUAAAUUUUAUUAUUAUUUUUUUUUAUUAUCCAAACGUUGUCCACUUUUCAGCUGAAAAAGUUCUUGAAAAUCCAUAAGCUCUCAAUUUGGCAAUCAAUAACGGGAAAUCAAGUGAAUCGAAUGCUUUAGACAUGUCAGUAGAGAGAACUCGUUCCAAUUUGUUGUGAAUUUUGUUUCCCAUCAAGAGCUGUUGAUGUAAGGAGAGAUUUCCCAUGUAUUCUCUAUUUGAUUCGAAUUUCAUAUCUAGCUUUUAAAUAUUCUCUUUGAAGUUGUGUUAGCCGUAAUUUACGUUGAAUUUGCAUUGAGUUGUUUUAGUUCCCUUAAAUUAUACACAUUUUACUUCAAUGUUUACUUUUAAAAGGAUAAUUUGUUUCUGGAUAAUUAUACAGCUUAGUCACUGAAUAAUUAGAUCUUUCGCCUGUUCAAAUACAAACCGUUCGUAGUUUUUAGUUUUGACAUUUUAGGGAAUCCUGAGCAAAGGAAAUUCUAACUCUUUUACACAGCUUUCUUUGUAAAUUUCCUAAAUUCACUUGUUUGACUGACAUGUAAUUUUGAGUUAUUUUAUUUAACAUAUGAACCUUGAAACUGAAUUUAUCCAGAUUUGUUUUCGCUGUUCAGCUGAUUUUAUUCAGUCUUCUUUCCUUUUGUUCUGUGAUGUUCUAAUAAGUUGAUCGGUUAGUAUAAAUAGAACAAUGUUAUUCCUGUUUUACGAUUUACAUUGCGAAGUUAUAUGCUCGUCGAUUUUACAUUGCGGAUUUAAUUGAUUGUACAAGUUACGUUAACGAGCCGAAGAUUAAACUGAUGAAGUUCAAGCUUGAGUCCUGUACUGUUUCCAGUUGUAGCAGAUCCGGUACCUUGGAAUAGUGACGAGUUCCUUUCCCGCUUGCCAAGCGAGUUGCGAGUUAGUUUUCCCCCUUGUUGUCCUUACGCCGAAGUCACUCGAGUUCUCUUUACGCUUAAUUUCCCGAUUUGUUGCUGGAAGGGCAAAACUUAUCGUCACAUUGAGAACUUACCAAUAUUUGUAUUGACAUAAUGCUUAUUGGAUUUGCUAAAUCUUGAUUAACAAUUUUAUUUUUAGUGAUAGCAACCCCAGAGAAUGUUGCACAGUUUUUAGUUACAAAGUUACCAUCAACAUACCCUUUAUUAGCUGCUUGAUCAUUGUUUAUUAUAUAUGUAAUUAUUUCUGUAGUCUAAAUAAGUUUCCAUUGGAAACACCGAUUCUUUUCUACUUACAAAUAUCUCUCGGGUAUCUUCAUUUUCGAUUGGUAUUUAAAGUUUGAAAAUCUUGCUUUUUGCUUCCAAUGACAUUGUUAUUACCUUUAAGGUCAACAUCUUCAGGGGGGUAGCCAGGAUUUUUCCAGAGGUACGCCCAACUUUUUCUACAUUAUCUCCCCCUCCCCCCUCCUCUUUAAGGUGCCUUUAAGGUGGGGCUAACGGCUGUGAGCCUAGUAAGCAUUUUUUGCUGUUUAUGAAAUGACGCAACCUCUUAAAUUCUUUAAUUCUGUCGGCUUAUUGGGUUCAUGGAUGUCAACCUUUAAUCAUUAAUUCAGCUAUUAGUAGUACCUCCGACUUUAGUUUACAAAUGACUGUUUUUUUACUGCUUUUUGUCACAUUGUUUUUGACCGACAAAAGCACCACACAUUGACGUUAUUGUGCCCUACUUCGUCUACUGAGAAGACAGGUCAAGGAAGAAAACAACGCGUUCACGCUUUACCUCAUAGAACUUGGUAUAUAAAUUUAUCAUUCAAGAUUCGAUUCACCAAUUAAUGUCGUCGCUUAGCUUCGCUUCGCUGGAAACCGACUUUUUAAACUAUAUUUUAUUUCAUUUUAUUUUUUCUCCUCAACUUUUUCGGGUACGCACGUGCGUAUCGUGCCUACAGGUAGCUACGCCCCUGAUCUUGUUUAUCAUAUAAUUGCCGAAUCAAGUUCAUGUUUUGUGAUUGCAUCGCUGUAAUCAGUACCUUCAGCUAAAUUUGUCACUUUUUUAAUUAUCUAUAUCUCAUAUCACAGUUAUUGUUUGCAUCUCUUUUUAUGUUCGAUCCUUGUAUUUUUUGAGUUAUGCUUUCUAAUAUAUUGACUAAUAUCAACACUGGAGUAUUUAUCAACAAUGUUGAAAUUCCCAUUUUGUUCAAUAGCUAUAUAAUCUUCAUCAAAAUCUAUCUUAACAACGUAUUAAAGAGAUCCGUAUCUGUUAAAAUUUCUUUUGCAAAGAGAUUUAGAUGGUUUUUAGUGACAGGAGGAUACUAAUACCGAACAGUUUAAUCGCAGCUUUUGCGCAACAUCAUAAUAAGACUGACUUAAAUAAAUCAUCGGGGACUAAUCAUAUGAUGCCUUCCAUCAGUUAAUGAUUUGCAAUUUUAUUUUGUACUUGGUUUGAAGCAUUUACCAAAUCAUCAAAAACAACAUGCUGUGGUACCUAAAAUAUCAUCUGCGUUUCCUAAUUCAAGAACAUUGUAACCAACCGGCUUUUUGUGAUAUCAGUUAUCCAUAAUAUGUUGAAAAUCAACCAUUUUUUCUUGAUGUAAAGAAGUGUAAAUGAAUAUUUUAUCAUAAUAGACCAAUGGUUCUCUUAAAACUUGCAUAAGAGUGUUUGUUUUACCACAUCGAGUUUGACCAGUUAUUAACAUUCGAAAAUCUUCAUCAAGAAAGUCGUUUAGCUUUCUCUUUGAUUCCUUAUGCUUUUAUCAUAGUUUUUUGGCAUUUUCAUUUUUAUUAUUAGUUUUAGAUGAUAAAUAAGGUAUAAAAUGCAAAUGGUAUUUCAGAAUAAAUAAUUACAUAACGCUUAUAGUAAAAAAUGGAUAUUGCAAUAUUAAAAAAUACGCUGAUUCAGCUUAUGAUGUUUACAAUAUAUCAAGAGCUGCGACAGAAGUUAAGAAUGAGUUAAAAAUUUUAGAAAAAGGUGCUGAUAUUGUUAUGAGUGAUUUUUCAAGACAUUGAGAGAACCCAUAUUAUCAAUGAGCAACAGAAAAAGACAGACGAAAAACAGGAUAAAGUAAUUCAACAGCUGAAAGAAAAUCAACAAGCUCUUACUUCAUUUUUUUAACAAAAUGACUGAGCUGCAAAACCACGUUAGCAGCUUCCAGCACCAUCAGUUUUAGUUUCAUCUCCAGAAGAUGAGGAGGAUUUAGAUGAAGAUGGAGAAGAAUUACCAGAACAAGCACUUUUAUCAACAAAAAACGGGUAGAAAAAUAUGACUUGCAUGAAAAUUUGAAAAAUAAAGAAUUAGAAGAAAUAUUGAAUUAAUAUGGAUAUGAAUUACCAUCAUUUUACAACGAUAAUGAUGAUACAAAUAUUAGUAUGUCUGAUGUAGUCAGAUGGUGACGAGUGAAAUAAGGAAAAUAAUUUUACGCGCGUCUCGUAAAAAUCCAUACACACCUUUUACCUCGAUUAUCGGGAAAUAAAUUUUUAAUAAAGUUAAAAUAUUAUUCAUUUUAAUUAGUGUAAAAACGGUUUAGCCAGGGAAGCAAACAUUUAAGUUUGUGGCAUAGUCAUUAAAGAUUUUUGAAUCAAGAAGACUAAUUUAGGGCCAUUUUCUAUAGCGUUUUAUCGAAAACAACAUUCUUAAGUGCGAAUGAAGUUUUAUUCUCCUUGCGUGAUUGUUCUUUUGUGAGAAUAGAAUAUCAAUUAUAAUUAUUAUUUUUAUCAGCAUUAUCUUGCCAAUAUCGCGUUGAAUUGGGGGGUACGUUGAAACAUACAGAUUCUCUUUGCCCAUGACGAUCCUUUGAUAGUCCAGAAAGCCAUAAACUCUGACUUAUCAUACGUAGAAAAAUGGUUUUUGGAAAAUGGCAUGAAAAGAAAACACUCUAAACACCAGGCUAUGGUGAUCAGGGGCGUAGCUACCUGUACGCACUGUACGCACGUGCGUACCUGAAAAAGUCGUGCACAAAAAAGAUAUAAAUUGAAUAAAUAAUAAAAAAUAAAGUUAAUUCUGAAAAGAAAGCAAAAUAUCUAAAGGUAGUUAUUUUAAGAGCACAGUUUGCCCUCAAUUCAUUCAACUCUGCUCGUGCUGGUUUCCACAGAAACGAAUUCGAAGUAGUUCACUAAUGGACCGAAUCUUGAAUGACAUAUAAUUCUGGUGAAAAGAUGGCAGGCGUUUUUAUCAAAAACGUGUUCGGAUUCCUACCCAUUCAUGCACAUCGAUAAAUCCUGGGAGCAACGACGAGCGGGCGACGACAGCUGCGGCGGCAACGGCGACAGUAACGGCAACGGCAACGAGAACGUCAAAGGAAACGAACCCAAUAAGUAAAUAAAAAACAACAAAUUUUGCACAUAUAGCGCGGUUUUCUUUACAACCCGUGUGAACACGACGCUAAAUUUCCUUUUGGGACGUUGUUUGGCCAGGACGUAAAACCACAGGGACAAAUUCAAUUUCUUCUGUGAGUCUGAACUUGGGUGCAGUCUCCAAGACUCGGUAGGGAAGUUCACCUACAUUUGCCACUUUAUGAGAGCUGAAAUAAAAGCGAAAAAAUUAAAACAAAAACCGCUUUCGUUGCCCUCACCGUCGUCGUUGCUAAGGCGCCUUACAUUCUUGAAAGCGACAGUUCCAUGUUUUACUGCAAGCUCGUAUGAUCAAAUGCGGAAAAGUAUCCGAAUUCGUUGGACAAAUUGUUUACACUACAAAACAUUGCAUCGGAUUCACUUUAGAUUUCGGAUUCAAAAUCUAUAGAGACUUGACCAAAUAGGAUUCAUGCGCUGCAUCUGCUCAAAAACGACAAAACGAACCCAGUAACACAAUUAUUCGGAUUCCUUACUUUCGAAUCCGAAAAAGUGUGUAGCCUUAUAGUUUGAUGGAUCGAAACACGCGACACUAAAAGUGUUAUUAAUACUAGUUGCUAAUAUCAUUUCAUAUGCAGAAAAAGAUGCUUAGCUUACAACGUAACCAAAUCUUUAAUCAAGGUUUUUUUGGGGGGAGGGGGAAGCUAUUUGGAGAAUUGUGCGUAACUCUGAAAAGAUCCUGGCUACGCCCCUGGUGAUGGGCUAGAGGAAAGUUAAUACGAAAUUUCGCUGCGAAAAUAACAUCAUUCCAAAUAGCGAUGCUCUACAGAUGCUUGGAGUUACUGUUGAUGAUAUGUUCAAAUCGCUAAUAUCUGUAGAAAAGUAUCACAACAAGUUGCAAUUUUGAAGCGCAUGAGAAAUAUACUUUCUUUCGAUACAAGAAAGAAUAUUUACAUGUCAUUUAUUGUACCACAUUUCGAUUAUUGUGCACAAACCUGGCAUUUCUACUGCAAUAAUAUUUCUACGGUGGCCGAUAGGAACAAAACAGAAUCACAAAACCCAAAACAGAAACACAAAACUCAAAACAGAAUCACAAAACCCAAAAAUCGCAAAAUUUAAAACAGAAUCACAAAAGUCAAAACAGAAUCACGAAACCCUAAAACAGAAUCCCAAACGCAAAACAAAAUCAAAAAACCCAAAACAGAAUCACAAACCUCAAAACAGAGUCACAAGACUCUAAAACAGAAUCGCAAAACUCAAAACAAGGGUUUUGUGAUUCUGUUUUGAGUUUUGUGAUUCUGUUUAGUUCCUAUCGGACACCGUAGUUUUCGGCUAUAAAACCGGAGAAAAACGGUUAUUGCGAGAUAAGUAUUUCUAGUUGUAAAAAAAAGAACAUAAAAUGAGGCUUUCCAGGUGCCAUGGAUUGAAAUCCAGUCCUCACAAAAAAGUAACAUCAUUUGCGGUAUUGUUACCCUGCGAGCAGAGGCCCCUCGAUCUCUGCUCGCAGAGUACGGGUUGUAUACAGACAACAUAAUCCUCCGAAACGGUUCCAAGAAUAUUUUGACGAAACUCUUGAAAAACAAAUAGCUUCAAACAAAUUAGUUUAUAUCACGGCCGACUUCAACACAAAUUUACUGCACGCCGAAAGCUCCCGCUAUGCUCAGGAAUUUUUACUUUCUCUGCAAAGCUCUCAUUUAUACCAACUACUUAUAAACCAACACGUGUGCAUAACAGCUGUACCACCUUAAUCGAGAAUAUUUUGACUAACAAAGUUGAUGCUAAUAUCACCAGUGGCAAUAUUGUCUCUGAUAUCAGCGACCAUUUUUCACAGUUUUGUGUCUCCCACACCUUUUUUAAGAAGCCGAAGUCGAGAAAAGAAAAGCGCAGAGAUUUUUCUGGUUUCUUAGGUAAUAGGUUUAACUCUGACCUCUUGGACGCACUCUUAAACCAAACUAAUUUUGAUGAUCGGUUCGAUGUCGACAAUGCUUUUUCUCAUUUCUAUAACCUGACGCUGUCGCCACUUGCCGAGAAACACGCUUCUUUGGAAACCCUCUCGAAACGCAAGCUAAAGCAGUUUUCUGAGCCAUGGAUAACCAGUGGCCUCAAAAAAUCUACCAAUUGAAAGUGAAAAAUUCCCUUUUUCAAUCAGACGAUUACGUACAAUACAAACUCUAUAGAAAUAAGAUUUCUACUCUUACUAGGUUGAGUAAAAAGAAUUAUUAUCACGCAGUCUUUGCUGGCCUCACAAUUUGAAAAACUUGCAUAACAAAUGAUCCCCUUGAGAUUUCUAACAUUUUCAACAACUACCUUUUCUUCGGUUGCUGAAAAAUUAGCGUCACGGGUUACGCCUUCUUCUUGCGGUUUUACCGAGUAUUAGUCUCCCGUUAAUAAUCCAAAUUCCUCCUUUUUCGAUCCAGUCUCUCCAGAGGAUAUUGAAGGUGAAGUACAGUCUAUUCCUAGAAAUAAAACUUACGGUGGCUUUACUCUUGUCCGAUCCAUAUUUCAUCCGGUGCCAAACACAUUAUUUCUAGCGCUCUAUCCAACAUUAUCAACAUCUCUGUGCAAGAAGGUGUCUUUCCAUCCAAAUUAAAGCAAGCGAAAGUUAUUCCUGUCUACAAAAGUGACGAUGAAAUUGAACCCGAAAAUUAUCGGCCUAUUUCAUUAUUAUCUAUUUUGAAUAGGAUAUUUGAAAAAUUGAUGUACCACGGCUCAAAAUCUUUCUUGUCAAAAACGAUAUCCUAUCAUAAUCAGUUGUAAAAUUGGCAAUGAAGGGAGGCUAAAACUAUUUCAACUUUCAAGAAGAGGGUUGCCUCUUUUCUGAGAGAGAAGCAGCAAUUAUAGUUUUAGAACUGCUUUAGUGGAAUAUUUUACUCUAUUGGUAUUUUUUAAAUUUUACUCUUCCAUGUAAUAUAGCUUUUUUUCUUACAUCGGGAACGUCUCUAGUAUUAGGCUCGUAAGCUAUCGAUUUUGGAUGUUUCCCCUUUACAGGAUGUAAUUUUGAUGUAUAAAUUAUAUAUUUGUGGAGUGAAUGUUAAUAAAGUUAAUAAAGGUUCAAAACUUACACAUUUUUACGUUUACUCGUCUGUGUUCAGGAGACAUGUCUAUGGCGGGAAAAGAGCUGGAGGCUUUCGAAGCGUUGGAAGUCUGCUCUAUUGGCAUUGAUGUUGCGGAUUUUCUUAUCAACACCAAUCGGGUAGUUAAAGGCAUACAGUUAGCUGAAGAAUGCCUCAUUUUCCUGAACAACACGGUGCUGAGGGAAAGUACCAAAAUCUUCAAUAUACUCUAUCGUAACAUAAGUGUCAUAAUCUCCAACGCUUAUAGUAAGAUUUAUGAUUACACAAGAGAAAUUGAAUGGAGCGAAAAACUUCUUGAGGGCACGGUCCAAUUAUCUGGAGAAUUUAGUGAUGAGGUGGGCUCAGUAGCGAUGAUGCUGGCAGUUUUGUAUAGACGGCAACUUAAAUAUGAGAAAGCAAAGGAACUGUCGGAGAAAGCACUGCGCAUCAAGCAAGAGACUGGCAACAGAGACCAUGAAGCAACGUGUUACAGUGACCUCGGGGGACACUUUCAUCAUCUCGGGCAAUACCAUAACUUUAAGGAAUGUAUCGAAAAGGCACUUGAGAUAAGAAAAGAAAUUGGUGACAAAAAAAAAAUAGCUGAAUGCUAUGGACACCUAGGGAUGGUAUUUGAAGCACUCGGACAGUAUGACAAGGCCAUGGAAUAUAUUGACAAGUCACUUUUGAUAAGAAGAGAAAUAGGAGACAGAAAAGGAGAAGCAACAGAUUACAUAUACAAAGGAAAAGUGUCUUACUCAGUCGGUGAGUAUACUGACGGCAAGAAUUUCGCGCAGGAAGCACUUGCAAUUCAAAAGGAAAUCGGCGACAGAGAAGGCGAGUGUGUGUCUUAUAACGCUUUUGCUGUAUUCUUCUGCCACCAGGGUCAAUAUGCCAAGGCUGUACAAUGCUUAAGGGAGUGUCUUUUGAUAGCGAAAGAAACGGGACUCAAGGAAGCAGAAACCUUUUGUUAUGAAAACCUAGGAAAUGCUUACUGUAAUCUUGGAGAAUAUGCCGAGGCUAAGAAGAAUAUUGAAACAGCACUUACAAUAAGUAAAGAAACUGGGGAUAUCGAACAACAGUUUGCGUGCCAUUACCACCUCGGAUGGAUUAUGAUGUUUGAGGGAAACACAGAGAAGAGUAUUUCAAAUCUCUUUUCUAGCAUCCAACACUGCGAGGACUUACGCAGUUUUUUAGGGAACCAUGAACCGCAUAAGGUGUCUCUUUUAGACAAACACUUCCCUCCCUACCAAACUCUCAGUAAGGUGUUUUGUAAGAGAGGAGAUUAUGUUAAAGCAUUGUACGUUUUAGAACUUGGACGAGCCAGGGCUUUAACAGAGUUAAUGUCAACUCAGUAUUUUGCUGGAAAGCAAAUUACAAUAGAUCCACAAUCAUGGAUGGGCAUUGAGGGGAUCAUCAAGAAAGGAAGUAACUUUACUUGUCUAUACAUAUCAUAUUUCGUGCUGGAUAUUUAUUUGUGGAUUUUGAAUCAGAAACAGUCAGUGCAUUUCCGACAUAUAAAGAAAAAUGAAACUGUUUCGACUAUCGGACCGGUGGGAAAUUUGAACGCCUUUCUAAGAAACCCACGCGUUAGAGGGUGUCAGAAGCUACCUCAAGGGCAUUGCGAGGAUCGAUCAAUGUUCCCUUUGGUCGCUUGCUCCUCGUCAUUUCAAGCUCAGGAAGAUAUAGUUGCAGCUCUCCGCCUUGUUGAAUUGGAUGAAGACGAUCAAGAACAAGAACCGAGACCAACUCUUGAGCUACUUUACAAGAUUUUCAUCGCUCCAGUGGCUGACCUGCUUGACGAGCCCGAAAUUCUCAUUGUUCCUGAUCGUUCCUUGUACAAAAUUCCAUUUGCAGCGUUGAAGGAUGAAAAUGGGAGUUAUCUUUCAGAGACUUUCAGGAUCCGCAUUGUUCCAUCUUUGACGACUCUUAAGCUCAUUCAGGAGAGACCAACAACCCAGUGUAAUGAUAGGAGUGUGUUGAUAGUCGGUGAUCCUGAUGUUAGCUAUGUGAGUGAGUUCUCUCAACUGUCUUUUGCAAGAAAGGAAGCGAAAAUGAUCGCCGAAUGGUUGGGUGUUCAGCCUUUGUUAGGGUGUCAAGCAACAAAGCAGGCGGUACUUGAAGCGAUGCAUUCAGCAAGUUUGAUACAUUUUGCUGCACAUGGUGAUGCCGAAAGAGGAGAAAUUGUUCUUGCUCCAGUGCGACCUGUCAACAGGACUUUGAAUCAAGACGAUUUCGUGUUAACAACGGCUGACGUUUCCGAAGUUAAACUUACGGCGAAACUAGUUGUUUUAAGCUGUUGUCACAGCGCACAUGGACACAUUAGAGCUGAGGGAGUGGUUGGAAUUGCUCGAGCGUUUCUAGGAUCCGGUGCACGCUCAGUGUUGGUGGCGUUGUGGGCCAUAGAAGACAAAGCAACAGAGCAGUUGAUGGGACGUUUCUACGAGCACCUUGUGUGUGGUGAAAGUGCAAGUGAAUCUCUUCACAAGGCUAUGAAGUGGAUGCGAGAGAACGGCUUCCCUGAAGUGAGGGAGUGGGCUCCUUUUAUGCUGAUUGGAGACAACGUGACGUUUGAUUUCAGAAAGUGA